AUGGACCAGUUGAAGCUUCUUUCACAGUCUAUGAAGACUUCUACAUUUAUAAGAAAGGAGUAUACCAGUACACGGCCGGAGAGGUUCUUGGAGGACACGCCAUCAAGAUUAUCGGAUGGGGAACGGAGAAUGGAACUGAUUACUGACUCAUCGCCAAUUCCUGGGGAACCAAAUGGGGAGAAAACGGAUUCUUCAAGAUUCGUCGUGGCGUCAAUGAAUGUGGAAUUGAAAAUAACGUCGUCGCCGGAAAAGCCGACGUGGAUACUUUGUGAAAUCGUUAUGUGA